AUGGGUGACUAUCAUUUCAAUAAUGGACAACGGGCUUGUAUAUUCGGUAUCGCUCCUGCGGGUAGCAGUACCGCGGUGUUGGGGGAUACGUUCCUACGCAGCGCUUAUGUCGUGUAUGAUCUUGCGAAUAAUCAGAUCUCUCUCGCCAAUACACACUUCAACUCGACAAAGAACAAUGUUCUAGAAAUUGGCACCGGCACGGAUUCAGUACCCAGUGCCACGGCUGUGGCUAACCCUGUGACUUCUGUUGCUGUUGGUGGUUCCGGCGCGCGCAUUGGUGGUAUCGGUGGUGGUAGUGGCAAUAGUAUUUUCACGACAACGGAGAACUCGGCGCCGAAGCAGACGGGCAUGGCUCAUCAUCUCGCUAUCGGUUUGGCUGGUGCUGGAUACCUGCUUGCUUUGUGA